AUGUUGAGAAAAUGAGUGAGGACGAGAAAGAUUAUCAUUAUUUUAGGAUUCAUGAUACGGAUAAAAAUGAUAGAUUGGAUGGCCUUGAAGUAUUGAAAGCUGUAAACCAUCUUAUGGAGGAAGAAAUGGAUGAUAUUAAUAAUACAACAAGUUCUUCAGAUCAACGACUUCUUCUUGAUCAGCAGUUUAAACUAGUAGUUGAACUAGUAGAUAAGGUUCUUGAGUUGGACGAUAUUGAUGGAGACGGUCUUCUUUCCUUCGCCGAGUUUGUUUCCGGCCGACGGAGAGGAAACGAAAACUUGUCCAAAUAAAUAGUUCCGGUCGACCCUGCAGGAUUGCAGUUUCCGGCCGACGGAGACCGGAAGUAAAAACCUUGCAAGAAAACUGUUUCCGGCCGACGGAGACCGGAAGUAAAAACCUUGCAAGAAAAAUGUUUCCGGUCGACUGGGGGAAAUGAAACAUUAAAGAUAACUAUUUCCGGCCGACGGAGAGGAAAUGAAACCUUGCAAGAUAAAUUUUUUUUUUGUCUAUGGAGAGGUUCAAUGAAAUCUUCAAGAUAUUUUUUACACUCUUUUUAUUACUCUACCACAAAAUUGUUAACGUAUAUUUAAAUGUGAACGUGGAUAAAAUAAUUUAGUAUAAAUUAGCUCUCCUGUAUAUUUUACAAUUCGUUUAAAAUCCAUGCAAAUUUGUCAU